AUGUCGUACACUGACGGCAGCAGGAUCCAGUCCAACGAAUGGUCAGACCAGUACACAACGCUGUGCUACCUUGUGGCCAUCAUGGGUAUUCUGUCAGUCAGCUUCCUGCCUCGCGCCAAGUUCCUGCAGAUGAUGGCCUUCAGCACGUUGUUCAUCUGCACAGCCGCUGCUUUAUCGCUUCUAAUGAUUCAGUGCUGUGUCUCGGCUCGGCAAUCUGACGAUGCGGUGUCUGCGCCAUCGACCACAGGCUCUUCAGGAACCAGACAAACACCGCGAUACAGUGCCAGCGCCAGCGUGGUCGCCGCUGCUUGGAUGUUCUUCUACAUCUACCUCGCCAAUGUUGCGAAAGCCUCAAGAGUCGUGCUCUUACUACCUGCAAUUCAGUUUUCCAUCUUCAUCCUGGUCACAUCUGUUUACGCGCCAACAUUCCCCAAUAUGGAUACUGGAAUGGCAUAUGUCAAGCGCCUUCUCAAGAGCUUCCUCACCGGUUUUGCCCUUGCCACCGGUGUCAACCUUUUCAUCAUCCCCAUAACUUCUCGCACAGUUCUCUCCAAACAGCUGGGGGCUCUAAUCGUCGCAACUCAAAAUGGCUUACGAACGCAUGGCGAGUAUGUAGGCGCUGCUACAGCUGCACAUCAGGACAAUUUUCAGAACACCGAUGCAAAUGUAAAGGCAGCGCUUCUCCGAGCUAACGUCCAGACAAUCAUCAAUCUUCAUGGCCAGGUCAAGCUUGAACUGCCGUAUGCCAAGCGAGAAAUCGGGUUUGGCAAGUUGACGCCCGAGCACUACACGGAGAUCGUUGGCUCGCUGCAGCACAUCCUCCUGCCAGUACUCGGCUUAUCUACAUUGCUUGACAUAAUGCAGCUAGUCGGACGCCGGCGCAUACGUCGCGAUAAGAAUUUCGCAUCGGACGACGUACUGCACGCCGCUAGGCAACUGGAAGGCAGCGAGUGGGACGAAAUUGUGUCCGUGUACCGUCCACAGUUCCUUCAACUCAAGUAUGCGUUGAUUCAAGGACUCGAUCAUUAUGCCAUCACGCUGGGGCUAGUUCUAAAGCCAAAAUCGAAGCAAUCUGAUCCCGAAGCAAGGUCAGCCCCUUCACCAGGCGAGAACAUUUUUGCGAAGCACUUGGAGGACGAAAUUCAAAAGCUGCAACAGUCAUACCAUGGUACUACCCGUGAAUGGAGCACCAACAAAGGGAUCAAUUUGCCAACCGGCUUCUGGGGACCGACUGGGAAUUCUAACACCAAGGACUCCACUAACACAGACGAAAUGAUACGCAAGGCGCAGAAUCAGCAUCAGUUGUAUCUCCUGCUCUACAUGCAGUAUCUGACUGCUUCCGCCAGUAGCGCCAUUCUAGAUGCAGUCCGUUACGCCGAUGAAUUGAGGGCUAAUGGUACCAUGGCCCGAAAUCGACUCAUACUUCCUGGCUGGCGCCGAAUCUGGAAACUCAUAUAUUCAGUCAUUGCACCCGAAGACAAAUCGACCUCCUUACCGGAGCCUGCGCCAACAGGGACCACUGCUGGCAUUAAUACCACUUUUAUAGCCCGCAAAGAUCCUGAGCAUCUCCAGCCUACCAAUGUAUACGAGCAUAUCACCGACCAUAUGCGCCGCAGCUACUCUAUACUGGGGAGUCCGGCUUCUCUCUUUGGUCUCCGGGCAGCGUGUGCAACGAUGUCUCUAGGCAUGCUCGCUUACUUUCGCCAGACACACGUAUUUUUCCUCCAGCAACGCGGUUUCUGGGCCACAGUCAUGAUUGCUAUCUCCCUCGAAGUCACCGCUGGCAGAGGUCUCUUCGGCUUUGUGACCAAAAUCGCCGGCACUGUUGUCGCAGCUGUUGUGUCCAUUGCCAUAUGGUAUAUGUCUGACCACCACGCCGCUGCCAUAGUACCGCUUUGCUAUAUUUUCUUCGCACUAUGCAUUGGAUUUAUGGUUAAAAACCCCAGCAUGAUCAUCAUGGGAAUGAUCAGCAUGGCAACCGUGGCACUGAUCGUGGGAUAUGAGCUCCAGGAGCGUAAGAUUGGAUAUCAGCUGACUGUUUCCAAUGGUCAAGAGUAUCAUCAUGUCUACAACCUUGCCGCCUACCGUCUCGCCAGUGUUUGUGCCGGCAUUGGCACCGCAGCAUUUUGGACUUAUUUCCCCUACCCCAUCACCCAGCAUGGGGCACUCCGUCGCGAUACUGGCCAGGCUUUGUACCUGCUGGCUGAGUACUACGCCUGCGUCGAUGCUACCAUGAGGACCCGCCUAAAUGACCCCCGACAAGCCUUGGAAGAAAACAUCAAAGGCACGCCCAUGCACAGCCUCGCGAAAGCCCGCAAAAGAGCGUGGGACAAGACGAUCCUCAUCCUUGGGAAUCUCGACCAGCACCUACAAUUCCUCAAGUUCGAGCCCGAUUUCGGCGGCCGCUUCCCGCGUCAAGCCUAUGCGGACCUUGUCCAACGCAUGGACCGCCUCUUCACCUACAUGAGCAUCAUGUCGUACUCUAGCGCGUCAUUUGCCGGCGAGGACGGCAACGGCACCGCCACCUCCGAAGGUGCAAACUCCGCCUCCGCCGCAACCAGCCCAGGGAAGAGCGUAGACCCGCAAGAAAAGGACCGCUGGCUCCACGACUUCCGCGCCUUCGCCGCCACCCGCCCUUUCUCGCACCCCUCUACCACGUCUUCGCUGUGCCUCGCAGCCGCGUCCCUCGUCAACGCACAGCCCUUGCCGCCGAACGUGCAUCUGCCUGGCGCGGCGUCAACCGCUGGGACUGCGGAGAGCGGCAGAUUUGCAGAGCAGGAGGCGAGGGAGGAAGAGAUCCUGUCCGUGAAGCACAUCGAGAAUCCUUGCUACGCGGCGUUCGCGGUGCUGGAAGUGGCGAGCGGGCUGGUGGCGGAGGAGGUGAGGGGCGUGGUGGAGUCGGUGAAGGAGUUGUGUGGGGAGGUGGGGUUUGGUGUUGGUAAUGGUGCUGUCCGUGGCUUGGGACAGAGGAUGGGCGCGUAA